AUGGGUCAGUUUUUCGCUUUAUUGUUAAAAAAUUGGGUUUUUUGUUCAAGUUGACGUUCCGCGCAACUUCCGACUUCUCGAAGAGCUUGAAGACGGUCAGAAGGGCAAAGGGGAUGGAAAUAUUUCCUGGGGCCUCGAAGACGACAGCGACAUGACACUCACCAAGUGGACUGGGACCAUUAUUGGUCCUCCCAGGGUGAGUUAAUGUUCCUUGUUUUUCGAUGCAUAUUUUUCUUCUUUCAGACGCCGUACGAAUCGCGAAUCUACAACCUCCAAAUUCAAUGCGGACCAAACUACCCGCGGGAAGCGCCGAGCGUCCGUUUCACAACCAAAAUUCAUAUGAACGGCGUCAAUCAGAACAAUGGCGUUGUGAGUUCAUGAUAAAUACAUAUUCGAAUGAAUAAUUUGUAGUUUGAAGUAGAUUUCUUUUUUUUUGUUGAGAAAAUUGUAAACUUGAUUGAACUUUCUUGAUGCGUCUCCUACGAAAAUACGUUUUUUUUUCCGAUUUUGGAGCUUUUCGCUUGAUUUGAACAAGUUUUAAUAGAGAAUCCGCACAAUUCGAUUUAUUAUCAUUUCUCCACUGUGGUUUAUUAAAUUUUUCUGUUUUUUUUUUGUAAGUCAAGUAUCACUUCAUUACGCUUAGUUUAUUUGCCUUUUUUUAUUUAUUUAUUUGUUUAUUUCGAAAUACUUUUCUGUGGACCUUGAAGAAGUUUUGAGAGGACAAUGCAAUAAGUCGCACGAAGUUUGAGUUCAAAACUGUUUUUUAUUUUUAGAAAAUUAGAACAUAUCUUUGUGCAAUAAGCUUUUGUUCGGUCUGUUAUUUCAACUUCUCUUCUCAAAAAUUUUUUUUUGAACAGAAAAAAACAUUUGAUGCAUUUUCUAAAAAGAUCCCUUUUUUCUGCUUUUUUUUCCCUAGGAAAUUUUCUAUCGAAGACCUUCUGUCAAAAAAAGUUGUAAGCCUUUUCUCAAAAUGUUUUUGUGCUAUCUGAGGACAUAUGGCAAAACGCGAUGGAUUACUUUCAUAAACAUUUUCGAUCCGAAAAUUAUAAUGAGAAUGGAUUUACGCGUUUUUUUUUUGUCUGUCAAGUUGAAUUUUCUUCUAAAUUUUAUGAGGAAAAAAAGCCUUUUUUUGCAAGUAAUUUUUUGAUUUAGAACAUUUUUAUGUUGUUUCGAAUGUUCUUUUAGCCUUUGUAACCUCUAAGAAAGUCUUUUAUGAUCCAAUAGAACAAAUACUUUUAGUUUGUACUCAGAAAUAUCUGAUUUAAGAUCGAGAAAAGACAUGUUUCGACGCUUCGCAACUGGAACGGCAGCUACAUGAUUAAGAACGUGUUAGAGGACAUCCGCAAGAACAUGAUGAUGGCCAAGGAAAACGUCAAGUUGCCACAGCCAGUCGAGGGAGCCAUGUUUUGGUCGGUUUUUUGGGAUUAAAGCUUUGAAAACUGAUAAAAGGAUGAGAAAACCCCUGAAGAAAUCACUUGAGAGUCUUCAAUGGUCUCUAAAAAGUAAGCCCUUGAGGGAUAACUUGAAAGUUAAACUCCUGAAGUGGCGACUAGGGGAGAAGUUCCGAUAGAAGUCACUUAAGAAGAGCCAGUAUAUGGGAAGGAACUCCCUAAAGUGGUUACUUUAGAAUCAAAAUUAUUGUUAAUGGCUUUUAAAGUUCUUUAAACCGAUCAUUUUAUUAGUUUCUAGGAAAAUAAGUGAAUUGCCCUUUUUAUCAACCUGUUGAAUAUUUUAGAUUCAAAAUAAAGAAAAAUCAAAUUGAUUGUACGUUUCUAGUAAAUAAUAAGUCAAGUUCAAUAAAAAAUGUUUUGAUAAUUUUUUCUUCCAUACUCGUUUCAAAAAACCAGUCGUAUUUUCCACCGCGCUCCGUGUCUCGCCUCGAGGUGUUUCAGGACAGAAAAAAAGAAGUUUUUACGAAGAAAAUAGAAAAAUAUGGCGUAUUAUAUGACGUUACGGUCGUGACGCAACGCACCGAAAGCGAUUAAAUCCAUCCGCAGUUCUAGAUUUUGCGUAAAUUCUCUCAUUAAAAAGAUAUUUCCCACAUUUUUUGCCUUUAGGUCGUUUCCAAGUGUUUUCUGACACAAUAUUCUGUGUUUCCUCCUUCUCAAAAUGUCUCGAGAUGUUUUUUGAAAGUUUUUUUUCGUCUUGAGAUCAAAAACUCCGUCUCGUGCAUCCCUGAUACCCACGUACAAAGUCUCAAUUCUCAACUCGUUGUCGAGCGGAGACCGUGCCCUAGUUAGAUAAAUAACUUUAAAAAAAAACUUUUUUGAAUUUUUUUUUCAGAAACCGCCAUCUGA